GAGAUUAGAAAAAGAGGUGAUAAGAGAAGGAGGAAGGGGUGAAAGAGGAAGAAAAAUAAAUAAAGGAAGAAAGAUGGACCCUCUUCGCGAGCAAGUGAUGAUCAAUCAAUUCGUAUUGGCUGCCGGUUGUGCCAGGGAACAAGCAAGACAGUUCUUGCAGGCUACUCAUUGGCAAUUCGAGAUGGCACUCAGUCUCUUCUUCCAAGAAGUAGCAAUACCUUCUUGUGCUCAGAGUGCUGGUACUCCAUUUGGUCAAAUCACACCUUGUAAUACACCAGCAACACCACCGAAUUUCCCGGAAGCGUUGGCCGCAUUUUCCAAAAUGUCGGCUGGUGAGAAAACACCCACAGGCAUGUCUCCGAGCCAAAACGGGUUGCAACAAAGUUCAACGGCGACAGUGGCGCAGCACCAUGGGGUCCGGUGUAGCAUCUCCGGUAAUACACAACAACAAGUUGUACCGAGUCAACAACAAUUUGGUUUCGGUGAAUUACAAAGAUAAGGAGAGAAGAAGAAAUAAUAAAAGAGGAAGAAGAAGAAGAAGAAGAAGAUGUGAGCUGAUAAUAGAAAAAGAAGAAGGAGGAGGAGGAGGAGGAGGAGGAGGAUACGUCUUAUCACGCGUUUGUACGAACAUGUCCAGAAGAAAGAAGAAAAAGAUGAUGAUGAUGAUGAUGAUGAUGAUGAUGAUGAUGAUAAAAAAGAUGAUAAAGGUGACAGGAAUUGUACGAGAUGGUAGUAGUAAAUGCUUGAUCCUCGAGAUAUGAUGUGUGUUUCUUCAUAAAAAAGCAAGGCAAAAAUAUCAACUAAAAAGAAAUAAUAAUAUUGUAUUACUUUGGGUUCUCUCCUACGGCUAGUGUAACAUUACAUUGAAACAAUUAUGAUAUAGUAACAGCAACAUAGUAAUUAUUACCCUCCGCGCAUGACUUUUCAUUUAGCGGAAUAUUCAUGACUCUAAUGAUAUAAUGUGUAGGAGAGAAUUCGAACGAAACCGAAUAAAAUCGAACGCGCAA